AUGGCAGCAUCUUCAAUAAAAAGUGGAGCAGAACCUCAAAUCCAUUUCGACCACAUAACGACUCGAAGUGCUACCGUAUCGUGGUCCUUUGAUCCACCUCUGCCCAGAAAGACAUCCGUCACAUUCACAUUGACCACACGACUAAUGUCAAUCCCAGUCGCAGAAAUCACCACGCAUUACAAGGGACCUGAAUGUUCGUGUAUUGCUGAGAAUCUGUUUCCGAAUGAAAAGUAUGUAUUGAGAUUGAUUUGCGAAUGGGAUGGUGGGGAUCAUACGACCACGGAAGUGCAGUUUUCAACUCCAGACGAGUCUGAUCUACACCGGGCAUCUACUCAGCUAACGAGGGCAGUAACAGACGGUGAUGUGCUCGCCACAACGAAAUUGUUGGAUACGUAUGGUAAAGAACUGAGUCUCGAAACUAGAGACAAAUAUGGACGGACGCAGCUCAUGGUCGCAUGUCAUCAAGGCGGCCACGAACUCGUAUCCAUACUAAUCGAACACGGUGCAGACAUAUCAGCAAAAACACCCUCCGGAAAAACACCACUAGCAUUCGCCUGCUCCUCUGGAAACUUGGCAGCCGUCCAAGUUCUUCUUAAACACGACGCCUCGGUCGACAAGAUCGAUUCUGCGGGCACAACACCUCUAAUGAUAUGCUGCGAAAACAUGGUCGCCUCGAAUUCCGGAAUGCAAAUCCUACGUGCCCUACUAGCAGCCGGUGUAUCCGUCAAUAUAGAAGACCAAGCAAACAUGACAGCUCUAGAUCGGAUCUGCAUCACGUCGGGCCAUGUCGAAUCUGCCAAGGUGCUUGUUGACGCUGGUGCGAGACUUGUAAAUAAGCCUGAUAAACGGCAUACAAAGACGAAUUUGAUGAUGGCUGCUCUGAAUGGACAUGUUGGAUUGUGUCGGUAUCUGUUGGAGAAUUGUCAUCAGGAUCCGAACGCAAAGACGGAACUUGGAGGGACGGCCAGGAUGUUUGCUGAAUCUGCGGGACAUCAGGGGGUUGUGGAGUUGUUUGAUGCUAUAGUUUGGGGAUCCUCACAUACCACGCCUUCAAUCCGAUUCCAGGACUCCUGA